UUGGUUCCCACUUUGAUGUCUGCUAAUAUAUUUCGGGCACCAGCGAAUCCGGAAGUCAAUUACACUGUUUACUUCCGACAGUGGAGAAAACGUGUCAAAAUGUCGAAGGUCACAUUCAAGAUUACACUGACUUCAGAUCCGAAGUUGCCGUACAAAGUGCUGUCUGUUCCUGAAGCCACGCCAUUCACUGCAGUGCUAAAGUUUGCAGCUGAGGAGUUCAAAGUUCCAGCAGCUACAAGUGCUAUCAUCACCAAUGAUGGAAUAGGCAUUAACCCAGCACAAAGUGCAGGCAAUGUAUUUCUCAAGCAUGGCUCAGAACUGCGACUUAUACCAAGAGACCGAGUAGGGUGCAGAUAAACAUUAUGAACUGCUAGGAUAUUCUUAUUUCACUGACUGUUGCUUUAAUGAACAACUCCACCUUAGACUAGAAGGUCAAGAGGCUUAAAUGCAGAGACAUCUAAACAGAGUUUGGACAUCAGCAAACUGUAGAUAUAGUGGAGUGAAACCUACACAAGUGUUUAAAAUCUAUUGCAUGUUUUAACAAUCAGAACAGUGUACAGCUAUGUUUCAUGUUCCGAUGUCAUGACAAACUUUUACCAUAUGUGAUUUUAUUGCUUUGUGUUUAAAUGUCUCAAAUACAACUGCAAGAUAAAAAAAGUUAAUUUUAUACUGCGCUAAAAAUCUUAGAUAUAUUUGUUGCAGUAUUAAAACAUAAAAGGAUUUCAAGCUCAUUUGUUUGCCAAAUAUAAAAAAAUUCUUGAGCUGCAAUUGUUAAAAGAAACGUUUGAUGUGAGUGGUGCACCUCAUAACUGAUUAUGAUUUUAUUCAAAGAAUUGUAUAUAGUUAUUUAUAACUUAUUCUUGUGAAUAAUAUAUAAUGCUAAAUAUUCUGGGAUGACACUUUAUUUCUACCCCUGUCAUUUAAAAACACAGCAAAGUAUGAAAAUACAAUUGUCAACAUGUGUUCAAACAAUGCCAUGCAUAGUUAUUAUCCCCCCACCAUAGGCGGAGGGAUAUUGUUUUGGCGUUGUCUGGCCCUCUGUCCGUCUGUCCGGAGCCAUAUCUUGGAAGUACUUUGGCGGAUUUCAUUGAAACUUGGUAUGAGUAUAUAUAUGGAUAAGAGGAUGAUGCACGCCAAAUGGCAUUGUACACCAUCUGUUAAUAACGGUGUUUUGGCCCUUUGUAUCUUGAAAAAAUGCUUUUUGUGUGUGUCCGGAGCCAUAUCUUGGAAGUGGUUUGGCAGAUUUCAUUGAAACUUGUUAUGAGUAUAUAUAUGGAUAAGAGGAUGAUGCACGCCAAAUGCCAUUGAACGCCAUCUGUUAAUAACUGGGUUAUGGCCAUUUGUAUCUUGAAAAAAUUCUUUUUUGAGUGUCACAUAUAACACUUUUGGGUCCAUAAGCAUAUUGGCGGGGUAUAUCAAUUCAACGAAUUUGCUUGUUAAUACCAAGUUUAAGAUAUUAGUUUACUCUGUUUAUAAACUGUGUACAUUAUAAUGUAAAUGUGAAAACAAAGAUAUCUAUUAAUACUAAGUUUAAAAUAAAAUUUUGUGUUAUGACUGUAAAUUGUGAUUAUUUUUACAUGUGCAAACAGUCAUUGAUAUUUAUUGAUUCUGUGUUUAAGAUAUCUGUUUGUUUAGGCUAUAAAUUGUGUAAAUUUAUAAUGCUUAAUUACCAUAUCUGCAUUUUAUAGAAUAAACAGUAUAGGGUAGAUCAAUAAUUGCAUUCUUAUGGCUUUUUAUUAUGUUCCCCAGUAUAUACUGGGGGACAUAUUGUUUUUGCCCUGUCUGGUGGUUUGUUGGUUUGCGUCAAAAUUUAACAUUUUGCCAUAACUUUUGCAAUAUUGAAGAUACAUGUAGCCACUUCAUUUUUGGCAUGCAUGUAUAUCUCAUGGAGCUGCACAUUUUAAGUGAUGAAAGGUCAAGGUCAACCUUCAAGGUCAAAGGUCAAAUAUAUAGGUCAAAAUCAUCAAACUUUAACAUUUGCCAUUACUUUUGCAAUAUUGAAGAUAGCAACUUCAUAUUUGGCAAGCAUGUGUAUCUAAUGGAGCUGCACAUUUUGAGUGGUGAAAGGUCAAGGUCAUCCCUCAAGGUAAAAGGUCAAAUAUAUGGGGGGGGGGACGUUGUGUUUCACAAAUACAUCUUGAACUCUGAAACUGAUUAUUUCUUUAAUUAAAUUAAGAUGUGGUCACCAACUUGAAAUAACUAUUAACAUGAAGACUGUCACUUAAUGCGUUGUUCAGAAGUGUAGAGUAGAUGCAAUCUAGGAUGCAUGCAUUAUCAAGAAUUUUCAUUCUAUAAAUAUUUAACUGACUAUUAUCCUAUUAACCUUAAAGUCUGUAAUUUGUAUGAUGAUGUGUCUUUUUUAUUACAAUGAAAUCAACAUUUUAACAGGGAACCAUUUUUAGUUUAACACAACAUAGGACCAAAUUUACAAAAUACUAACAAAUGCAAAGCCCACCUUACAGAUGUUAAAGUAUGAACUGCUGACAUUGAAGGUUUUGAAUGUUGUCAAUGUCAAACUGGUAUUCUAAGUUAAUCAGGUUAGUUCUGGCCAGUCAUGUGCUCUACUUUAUGGAACCUCACACUAACAUUAUGUUUUACAUUUUAGGGAUUUCUGGUUCUACGAUCGCAUCUUAUGCGCAUCUCAUAAGGGUCUGCAUAUUUGAUCAACUUUUAAUACUAUCCAAUUAUUAUUUAUAAUCCUGAUGGAAAUUGCACAUUGGAGAGAACAAUGUCUAGUCCAAAAGGAAAUUCCAAUGGACAUUGGCGAAUCUAAUCAUAAGAUUGUAUUUAAUUCUAUAUCAGCUGUAUGACUGAUAUUGUGAAGUGUUUUGAAAAAUGUAGAUUAUGUGUUCGGUAUUAGAUGCAUAUUUUUGGUAAAACUAGCAGAAAGGUUUCAAUUGUUUAAUGAGGUAUCUCACUAAAAAUUAUGUGAACAUAUACAUUUAAAAGUUAUAGAAUAAACGUUAACUGUAACAAAAUGAUAAAACUUCGGUCAAAUAGCACAAGUUAAGACACACUGCUUCUAAUACCAAUGUUAAACAAUAUGCUUGUGCACCCUAAGAACUCGGUAUUACCAGCUCUACAUUGGUAUUCUACCUUAAUUAUCAGCAAACAUUUUAAAUUAUAUAACAAUAAAAUGAUGAAGAACUGUU